CCCGCUCCCCAGAAACGCGCACCGAGAAAAGUUUACAUUUUUUGGAGGUGCCUGGUCCAGCAGCUGCGGCGCGCGCUCUGCUGCGUCCUCGGCGGCGCAGCGUCUUCCAGGAGCCCUUUCCACUUUGCUUCGUGACGGAGUCGGCCACGGGGCAGGGCACCCUCCUGCAGCCGGCUCGGGAAACCUAAAGCCCGGAGAACCCUGCAGACAUGCCACCCCCUGUGGGCCCGGCUCCACUUCGGUCCCCCGCUGGGUCCGCUCGGAUGGUGCCUGAGGCCAGAGCUGCUCCCCUGGGCCGCUCGCAGACUCGGGGGCACAAAGCCCUUGUUCUCACGGCGGCCUGACACUGCUGAGCGCUGUGUGCGGCCUCCUUUCCUUUGCCCACGCACACCUGGUUCCAAGGCCAAAAGGUGUGCUUCGCUGACCUCAAGCAUCCCUGCUACAAAAUGGCCUACUUCCAUGAACUGUCCAGCCGAGUGAGCUUCCAGGAGGCACGCCUGGCUUGUGAGAGUGAGGGGGGAGCCCUUCUCAGCCUGGACAAUGAAGCAGAACAGAAGUUAAUAGAAAGUAUGUUGCAAAACCUGACAAAACCAGGAACGGGGAUUUCUGAUGGUGAUUUCUGGAUAGGGCUUUGGAGAAAUGGAGAGGGGCAAACAUCUGGUGCCUGCCCAGAUCUCUACCAGUGGUCUGACGGAAGCAGUUCCCAGUACCGAAACUGGUAUACUGAUGAACCUUCCUGUGGAAGUGAGAAGUGUGUUGUGAUGUAUCAUCAGCCAACAGCCAAUCCAGGUCUUGGCGGUCCCUACCUUUACCAGUGGAAUGAUGACAGGUGCAACAUGAAGCACAAUUACAUCUGCAAGUAUGAACCAGAGAUUAAUCCAACUUCUCCUAUAGAAAAGACUUAUUUUACAAAUCAACCAGGAGAUACCCAUCAAAAUGUGGUUGUUACUGAAGCAGGCAUAAUUCCCAAUCUAAUUUAUGUUGUUAUACCAACAAUCCCACUGCUUUUAUUGAUCCUGGUUGCUUUUGGAACUUGCUGUUUCCAGAUGCUGCAUAAAAGUAAAGGAAGAACAAAAACUAGUCCAACCCAGUCCACAUUGUGGAUUUCAAAAAGCACCAGAAAAGAAAGUGGCAUGGAAGUAUAAAAAUUCACUGACUUGCUCCAAAACAGAAAAUAAAAUUGUCAAAUUCUGGAUCUGCAUCAGGAAUGGCAGGCAUCAGAACAUUAGCUUGGAAUGGCUUGAAAUCUCAAAGGGUCUGCAAGAUGAACUGUAAGCUCC